UCAUCUUCGUCCCACCGCUUCCACCCAUACCUUGAUGUCUUGCUUGGUCAUGCCGGGCAGCUCAGCGGCCACGAUGACGUUGUUGCUGUCGUCGUGGGAUAUGUCCAUCCGCGGCGCCCAGGUGAGCAGCGACGAGAUGCUGCUGGGCGGACGCUCCUCGCUCACGUGCUGCGCUAUCUGCCCACCCCCACCCUCCGGCUCGGCCGGUGUGGUGUCGGUGAGCAUGACGCCCACGCCGGCGGGGCGUCCGCUGAGGCGGCCGACGUCGUUGAAAAGCGAGUCCAUCUGGCGCUGCAUCUGACGCAGCUCACGGCCCAGCGAACGGAAAUCGGCGCCUGCAGCCAUCAACACACACAGAGAGGACAAGACACAUGGAGAGCAAACAGGCAGAUGAGGCGGUGUGAGGUUUUAGUGUGCCGCAUGCGUGUCUGUGCGUUACCGAAUGGGUCGUCGCGGAACAUCUUGGCAUCUCGACAGUGGAAUACUGGCGUGUCAACAGAUGAUUCAGGCAGAUGGACAAAUGGCCGUACAGAUCAGCGCGUCGGUAGUUUCCCGGACGGUUCGCUGAGUGACACAAUAAGUGCACUAGACACGCU